ACAUCUGUCAUCCAAUAGUUUGUUUACAAAAAUCGGCACAAAAAGCUUUGCCGUGCUAUUCUUAAAAAUUCUUCUAUUAAGAAAUAUUUAGAGUGUUUCAGGACUUUACAAGUAGUUUACAAUACUUGCUGUUUACCAUUUAAGAUAAUGAAUUGAGCUAAAUAGGACAUUUGACGCACUCUGUUCGCAGGGACAUUGUUUGGAACGCUCUUCUAGCAAGCAUCCUUUCGAUUCGUUGGUGCAAUAUAAUUCCCUAGCUAACCAGAGCGCAGAGCAAAAAUGCCCACCCAAAAGAAGAAAGUGAAGCAAACGGCUGAAUCCAACGAGACGAAACCGGCCGUCGAUAUUAAGCAAGAGCCGGAAGAGUUGAAACCGCUCGGUGCGUACGUCGACGAUCGGCUGGAGUUGAUACGGCAAGUGUUUUCCUGCGUAAAGCCGAAAGAGAUCAAGUACCUUUUACCGGACUUUCUCGAGGGAAAAUCGAACGACGUGAUAAAGGAGCGGUGUUUGGACGAGCUGCUCGGUAUCUCUACCAAGCGGCUACACUCCAUCAUCAACAACACCAAAUGUCCCACCGACACGGAAUCAUCAUCGGAGGAGGAAGGUUCGGAUGUGGAAAAAAUUGAAGAACACAUUUCCUUGGACGAAAUUUCUUCCGAUUCGGAUGUUGACUCAAAGCGUACUGCGAAGCGGAAUAAACGAGCCGAUGCCUCCAAGCAAACCGACGAAAGGUCGAAUGGUGAACCGAAAUCGGAAAAGGAAAUGACUGUGCUGGAGCUGCUCGAGCUGCAGGCACGUGCACGCGCUAUCCGAUCGCAGCUAGCUCUGGAACCGGUAACCAAGAUAGAAAUCGAUUCCGAACAUGAAGGAGACGAUGGUGGUCGCCAUGGUGAUGUCGAUACGGACGAGGAAUCGAAGCAGCCCGGCAGGAGCGCAUCCGACCAGGCGAAAAAUGAAAAUCAUUUUAAGAAGGAAAACAAUAGCAGCAGCGCCCAACAACAAACCAAGCGUGUGCGAUUGAAGCGAAACUUCCGCAUCCGGAAGGUUGGCGACGAGGAUGAGGAUGAACAGGAGGAGUCCAGCAAUCCGGCGCCCGACAAUGGGCGGAAAAAAUCAACCGAACAAGCGGUGGAGGCGAUCGAGUCAGAAGAGAAGGUGAUGGAAAAAUUGGAACCGGAAGUGAAAACAGCUGAAUCGGAUAAAUUGCCUGACGAGGAAAACCGUCGAUCGGCGGAACAGCAGGACAAACCUUCAGAUAACCCUGCAGCACCGGAAACCGAAACAAUUCCUUCGGAGGCGAACGUUGCACCGGUUGUGGCAGAGGACGCACCAGCAGCUGCCAGUGAAACGACUGAAAAGCAUACUGCCGUUCCGGACACUACUGAGCUCCGCAAAGCAGAUGAAGGAACUGAGACGCGCGAAAGCUCACCGGAAGUAAUUCCCGUCGAGGAAAGCCCAGAAACGCUAUGCAUUUCGUCCGAUUCCGAGGAAGAACGGUUGGCAAAGGAGCGUGCCGCCAUUUUCGUGCCCAACAUCGAGGAGCUGGACAGGCAGGCCAAGAAACCGCCAUCGCCGGAACCGGAAAAACCGGCCGAAGAUACGGAACCGGAAGAGGGUGAAAUUUCCGAAGAAGAACCACCGGAACCAGCGGUAGAAGAACCGGCGGUCGUUGAACAACAACAGACCGAACCAACUGACGCAACGGAAAAAGAGCAACCGGACGAUGGUGAAAACGGUGACGGAAAGGAUCAAGCUAAACCUGCAGACAGUGGGGCGGAAGCUGACACACCAGCGAAGGAUAAGGAAGCCGCUCCAGAACCAGUGGUACAAACGCUAUCCUCCUCGAGCAGCGAUGAGUCGGCCGAUGGGUCGGGCAGCAGCGACAGCUCAUCCAACAGCAGCAGCUCGUCGGAAGCCGAAGAGGAUGACGACGCUAAAGCAGACGCAACCAAGCUGGACCAUUCGGCGCACGACGACGCAGACAUUGUCGAGAUACACGAUUCCGGUGAUGAAACUCUGCUGCUGGAAGAUAAACCACCCGAAGAGGAAGUGCCCAAAUCGUGGAACUCGCGUUGGCUUAAAAGUAACCGGGUCGCGAAGGUAAUGGCCGCCUCGAGGCUGGGCAACAAGGUACGCGAAAAGUUGAAGAAAAAGAAACAGAUACAGCUGGCCGCCGAGCAGCAGCAGCAGCAGCAGCAAGAGACGGCUGCCGCCGUAGUGGACAGUGCGGAGGUUUCCCAACCGUCACCGAAACCGGUCACCGAUUCGGGUGCAGACUUGCCAGCAAACGUUGAGCUCGGUUCGGUAGAACAUUAUCGGGAGCUGAUCGCAGCACAGCAGAAGGAGGGCAAGCAAGAUUAGCGUUCACCAACCGGCGCUUCGGAAUGAUUUUGAAUUCGAUUCCCAAUAAACUUAACCGCGCUACGGGGCAACGUGUGGGCAACAACAUUCCCCCGGGUUUUUGUAA